AUGAGUGGAUUUGUAGGAGAUUUAUCUCCAGCUCAGGAGAAUAUGCUGUCAGAGAUAAAGGCUAGGUUGGCCAAGAACCAGGACCCUUCACUCAAAUUGGAGAUUGAAAAGUUGGACGACUCGAUGAUACUGAGAUUCUUGAGAGCAAGGAAAUGGAAGUUGGAGGACUCCUAUAAUAUGUUGCAAGAGGCACUGUCAUUCCGUGCCUCCUUCCAAGACAAGGGUGUGGACUUUAUCACAGAGUCAUCGGUGGAGAACGAGCUCAAGUGUGGCAAGAGCUUCUUCCAUGGCAGUGACAAGGAGGGUCGCCCCAUCUGCAUCGUGCGCACAAGGAAGCAUGAUAGCAGCCAACGUGACCUCGAUGAAGCUCAACGAUAUAUUGUCUACGUCAUGGAGACUGGCAAAGAACUACUGCCCGAGGGAAUCGAGACCUGUACACUAAUAUUCGAUAUGUCAUCAUUUAGUACCAAGAACAUGGACUAUCCUUUGUGUAAGUUCAUGGUGGAGAUGUUCCAGAAGUAUUAUCCAGAGUCAUUGUCCAAGUGCUUUAUAUUGAAUGCUCCAUGGAUGUUCAUGGGCAUUUGGAGCAUCAUCAAGCAUUGGCUGGACCCAUACACCGUGUCCAAGAUUAACUUUGUCAAGAGCAAGCAGUUACUGGAGUACAUUCAUCCCGAGCAGUUGCUGACCUCAUACGGUGGUGCCAGCGACUUUAAGUACACAUACAAGGGCAUCACUGUGGAGGAC